ACCAGACAAAAUAAAACGUUAAGAAGUGUAUUUAUUUUAAGUCAUUGUUAUUUAGAACAGCCAAGUUGUUUAAUUGAAAGAAAAAAAAAAUGCAUUGUGCUAGUUUGGUAGUUUUGCUAACAGUGAUUGGAAUAGCUAUAGCUCAAAACCCUUACACCACAAAGUACGAUAACGUAGAUGUUGAUAAAAUUUUGAAAAACGAUAGAGUUUUGACCAAUUACAUCAAAUGUUUGAUGGACGAGGGACCUUGCACACCUGAAGGACGAGAAUUAAAAAAGACUCUUCCUGAUGCUUUGGAAAGCAACUGCUCCAAAUGCAACGAAAAACAGAAAAAUACGACUGAAAAAGUGAUCAGGCAUCUGAUGAACAAGAGAACCAAAGACUGGGAUAGGCUUACCAAAAAAUACGAUCCUCAAGGUGCCUACAAACACAGAUACCAACAGGAAACGAAUUCUGCUUAAGAAGUUUACCAUUUAUUAAUUGCAUGUUUUUUUAUUUGUGAAUAAAUAAGUGUUUCAAUUACAAUUAGCCUAAUUUCUAGUUGGUAGGUUUUCCAUAUUUCCUCACUAAAUCGUUCCAAACGUCUGGAUAUUUGCUCUGGACAAAACGGGCUAUUCUUUUAGCGUUGCCCAGUUGUUUUUGAUCGCAGGCAUUGCAGUUUUUUCCAAUAAUUU